AUGGGGAAACUUUUACUCCUUCUACCUUGUGCUAUUCUGGCCUUAUGCUCACUUGCGAGCGCUGAGACUGGGUUCUCCACGACGUGUGUUCAAUCAGACUCUCCGACAAAGCAGCAAAGAAAAUGGGGUAUGAAAGCAUGCUUGUCCUCUCUCGCCAAACUCUCUACCUGUGCGGACAAUCUCAAAAAAGGCACUUACGCAUCUACGAAUAUUGGAAAUACUGUUGCGGUUUUCUCUCAAAGCAGCAAUGUACAGACAUUGACAGCCUUAGAAGCAAUGCAUUGGUGUCAGGUUCUUGUGGAGUACUGUGUGAACGGAGAAGUACAGUGCGACUCUUGCUCAACAUCGCUCUACGUCUACCAGACAGGUUCAGCUCAAACCAUGCGUGAGGUUGCAUUCAACUCGACAGGAAACAUCUCCCAGUCACUCAAAUCUACGCACUCUGCGGAGCUUACCACUCUCCCUCCACGGAUUGUUGAUGAAAGAUUCACUUUGACGGGGCCAAUUCAGCGUCGUAAAUCUACGUUGAAUGAGCGAGCAGGAUCGUGUAAAGCUCCAGGAACAAGUCUGGUCAGCAAUUCUUUCUGCAAUCUUGGAAUUGUCAGCUACUCACUCGCGGAAAGUAGAGUUUGGAACCAGAAGCAUUCGUCUACUGUCAUCGCAGCAUUGAAUAGUAUCAUAUCUCAGUUUCAAUCCAUCGCUGCUCAAACCGGACCGGUGGUCGCCCCCGUACUGUCGGUAUACGCGAGCGUUGAGGAUGGUAAUGCUGGUAAUUUGGGUACCUUGACCGUCACGAUGGACACUUACAACGGCCGUGCCUGGAACGAGGUUGUCAAUACUCUGCAGGCCAGUGUUGAUCCAACUCGCGAUUCUUAUCUAGCUAUCAACGCGGUGGUUGGUGUUUUUGGUUUCAUAAAGAAUUAUAUUCAAGAGACUCGGAGUCUACAGACGGGAUAUGGAUUCGAUAUAUCAGACCUCGCGGGCAAUUCGCUGUUUAACAUCUUCGUUUCAAAAACCAUAGAAGGUCUGAAUUAG